AUGCUCGAGCGGGCGGCCGGCUGCCUCGAGAGCGCAGGAAGGCGCUUUCUUCGAGACCCAAACAGCACGAUUCGGACCCGGAAGAGCUUGUCCAGGAAUUUCUGGAAGCAAAAUGCAGUGAUCGGAGAAGUUGCGAGUUAUUUAGUCACCUUGGCGCUUCCAUCCAGCCAACACCCUUCGACUCAUGGCUUCCAAUCCCAUGCUACGGGCAACUCGGAAAAGGAUGGCGGAUCGCCAUUUCUCGACUUUCUUUAUCCUCGAAGGACGCAAGACUUUGCACUAGAACGCCUCUCGCGUCAUGGAAAGCGUUUCGGGGGGCGUCGAAGGAAGCGCGCCUUGGUCGGCUUCUCAAGAUCGUAUGCCUCGAACGCCCCGUCCCCGUCCCAUUAUAUACCACUUGAGGAACCGCCUGCAACCGAAUCAGAUUCGCAGAAUGUGGGAAUGGAAGCAACGAGAUCUUCUAAGAGGUAUUUGCAAGAGUUUUUGGCGAAUCAAAAGGCCGAAUUCGAUCGAGCAUGGGUGCUUUACAUCGCUGCCGGACGGCCAUCAGACUGUCGAUCUGCAUUAUGUGCUUAUUUGAGCCGGUCCAAGAGUCUUGUGGAUCGAGAGAGAGCUUGGGAAGCAUUUGAGGGGAUCCCGGAGGGAACACUCGGGGAAGACGACUUUUUGCAUGCCGCCGAAUCUCAGCUCAGCUCCUCUGACCCUUCGAAGUUGAUCGAAUUGUGCGAGAAAGGGCUUGAGAAAGGCUUUGGAUUGAAAUGCUGCACACUGGCGUUCACCCGAUUUUGGAAAGCUCGCAAUUGGAAGCGCACACUGGAGGUUUGGCGCUUAGUGUCUCAGUACGCCGAUCGGGCUCCUGGUUCGCCCUGUCGGAAACUGAUAAGCGAACUGGAACAGGCUCGUUUGUCCUGGGACGCCGUGGCCCUGGGAAAAUUCGUUCUUCGGAGUCAGAAUUCAGAUGCCCGUGCGCUGGCUGACUUUAUUCUUGGCCAUAUCUUCCGAUACUCCUACAUGCUUCGUUCUGCAUCAGUGGGGAUCUUGGUAGAGAUGUUUCGAAUCUACCAUGACUUGGGCUUCUUGAAGCCUGACUAUUACUUAAAGACAAUUAACACGUUUCAAGCGAGUGAGGCAAGGUCGGUUUUUAUACGGACCGUCGUCUUUUACCGCAUUAUGCGCCGCCAGGAGCCCGAUCUGAAACCACCUCAAUCAUUUUUCAGUGCACAGCUGAGGGCUUUUGCGCAGUUCGGAAUCACCGCGGGCGUCCGUUAUUUUUUGGAGGAGAUGAGGCAUUUUUACGGCAAGCCGCACCUUCAAGUGUACAAGGAUGCCAUGCAAGCCUUUGCAUACGCGGGUGAUGCUGAACAAGUCAAUUUCUUCUUCAACAAACUUGUUGAGGAUCAUGGACCUCCCCGUAGCCGGAAGCUGCUGGCGCCCCUGCUGGAUGUUUAUGCGCGAAUGGGAAACGUGGAAGAGACUCAACGACAGUUUGAAAGAAUCUCCAAUGAAUUCCAUCUCCAGCCCAAUGAUGUUUGUUGGAACAUCGUUCUCAAAGCCUAUGCCAACAGUGAGGACCUUGCUGGUGCGCUAUCGACCUAUUCGCGAAUGCAACAAUCUGGUGUAUCCCCAAGUGCCUACACUUUCGGCACUCUAAUGGCACUCUUUGCAAGACGCGGGGACAUCGAGAAUACGCGUCAUCUCCUGAAAGAGGCGGAGCGCCACGGCGUUGAAAUCACAAUGCCUAUGCUAGACAUGGUGGUGCAGGCAUACUGCGCCAACGGCCUGCUACCUCAGGCUGAACAAUUUGCUGUUGCUUGCCAAGAGUUCAAUGUCAGCGGUUCCCCAAUAGGAUUGUGGAACACACUUCUGUUCCAACAUGCAUUUAGAGUGGAUUUUGUCGCCAUGAAUCGCGUUUGGCAGCUUUUCAAAUCAGCUGGAAUUCGCCCCGAUGCGAUCUCGUAUGCCAGCCACAUGCUCAUCCUCGCCCUUGUUGGUAAAACUGAUCGAGCACGGAAGACCUUGCGAGACCUCCAUAAAAAGCGAGUCUUUCAGGCUACCGACCUGCACUACGCAAUCAUUCUGUACGGAUACCUCAAAAGUCGCAACCGGACCAUGGUACAGGUUAUUUUCAGGGAGAUCGAAGAGCGCUUUGGUCAAACCGAGGCAAGAUCCAGUCUCUUGGAGCUCAGAGGUCAAAUUGAGCAUGAUCUGGCCAUCCGUGAUGAUUCCGCCAAGUCCAGCGCCGAAUUACGAUUGAGGAAUGCCGAACAUACGUUAUUGUCGUCGCUCACAUCGAUUGAUCGCCUCACAAAGAGCAUUAAGCUUCCAUCGUCGAAGGCUCACGUCAAGGCCGCCUUUCAGGACUCCUACUACACCUACCGCAUCAAAAACCUCGGUCUCGAUGGUGCAAUUGACGAAGCUCGGCAACUCUUCAACGAUUACUUCGAUGCGAAGAAGACGAUCGCGACCAGUGGAACAGGAUCUGAAACACCCCCAGUUCGAUUGGUCUCUGCCAUGAUGUUGGCGUAUUUGCGAGCAGAGCAGUACGCGGAGGUAGAAAAGUGCUGGCAACUUGUUCUCUCCAAUACUGUCAAAGUGGCAAGCCGUAUUGACCUUAAGGAACUGAUGCGAUCCCAGUCAGCUGCCGAGUCGCCACCUGUGCGUGGCGCCACGGCAAGAAGCCCGUCGCCUGAAGAAAACAGUCAAUCUCCAACCUCAUCGAACCAAUCUCCCGAGAGUGGCGAUGCCUUGACACAUGGCUCCGUUCCUCAGGACCAAAACGCUGUGCAACGAGAGACCGACAUCAUUCCAUCGCAGCGCUAUGCACUGUCGCGCCCUCUAUCCAUCUAUCUGCGCGCGCUGGCAUACCAGAGCAAGACAGAGCAGAUCGUCGACGUUGUUGCUGAACUUGAACAUUUUGGUUUUCGAUUGAGCACAUUCAAUUGGUCUACCUACGUCCAAAUGUUGGCGGCUUCAGAUCGCUUUGAUGACAUUUUGGAGGCUUUCCGGGCAUUCGAGCGCCAAUUUAUGCCCAACUUUCCCGACUGGAGGCGACUCCAAGCUGGACAAGGUAUCAAACCUUUGGGUGUGCCAUUUACCAUUCAGCAGCUCGAGGACCCUCGACAUUUCCCUCCUCCAUCUUCGAGCCUCGGCAAGGUCUCUAAGGCCUAUUGGAGCAAUAUCGAUCCAGGUUUUAUGCAGCCAACCUAUGUCUCCAUGGUGUAUCUGGCUGCUGGUGUGGACCGCAUUCGAAGCCAGAGCAUUUUGAAGGGCGGUGAAGAACUAGAGCAGUUGCAUGCAGUAGCUCCCAAGACAAUCACUGAAAUUGGACGGAUGCCGUAUCUACGUGACAAGUUCCAGGGUGUUCUCAUUCGACAUCGGUCCCACCAAGCGGACAAAGAUGGCCAGAAGCAGCCUCGUCGGCAAACUGUGGCGGCAAGUGGCAUACUGGGCAUUCGCCCACGUAACCGGAACAAGAAGGCUACUCGACGAUCCCGACAAUCUCUUGACCUAGAGAUGGCAUCUCUCCCCGUCGAAACCUCAUUUGCUGAUAAAGAGGCCGACAAAUCUCGCGACGCCAUUCUUGGCUCUUCAUCCCCCGGAAGUGAAAACGAUGUCUUUGCCGCAGAGGAUCGGGUUGACCUCGAAGCGGCCAUUCGAGGCCGCCAUGCUCGGCAAAUUUAUCUCAAGAAGCUGAAAGCAGUCUCCAGAAAGGCUGCUCGCAAGGCUGUGGAUGACUCAUCUUCCAGUGUUGAGACCUCAAUCGCAGCAAGCAUGGAUGCCAAGCAGGGCAUUGGCGGAGAAGACGUUGGAGAUGAAAGCCUAGCUGAGCAUGCAACCGAGUCCGUUGAAGUCGCCCAUAAGAUUUCACAGUCUCAGGACGAGAAGACCCCGUGA